CAAACAUGGAAGGAGCCUUCGAUAAACAAAUACCGAGUCCCGGUCACUUUCUGGUCAUUGGCAGUCACGGGCAUGAACGAUGCGUCUUACGGUCCGCUGCUUCCAUAUCUGGAGUCAUACUACGACUUGAGCUAUGUCAUCGUCUCUUUGGUCUUUCUUUCACCAUUUGUCGGAUACACCCUUUCCGCUCUCAUCAACAAUUCAAUUCAUAUGAAGUUUGGACAACGAGGUGUUGCAUUCAUCGCACCUACUGCUCACCUGAUCGCAUACAUAAUCAUCUGUCUUCACCCGCCAUACCCAGUCCUCGUGGUCGCCUUCAUUCUUGCCGGCUUUGGCAACGGAUUGGUUGAUUCAGCAUGGAACGCUUGGAUUGGUGCUAUGCAGAAUGCGAAUGAAAUAUUGGGACUGCUUCAUGGUUCCUACGGCGCUGGUGCUACCAUCGCGCCUUUGAUCGCCACUUCGAUGAUCUCGAAAGCCGGCCUUCCCUGGUACUCCUGGUACUAUGUCAUGAUCGGUGUUGCUCUUAUUGAGCUUGCAACCUCCGUGCACGCGUUUUGGGGCGCCAACGAGACCGUAUAUCGUUCAGCCACUUCUGCAGAAGAGCAAAGUAAGGGUGGACUGGCGCAGGUGACCCUGAAGAUGCCGGCAGCUCGAAUCACCUGGCUCUGUGCAGCCUUCCUCCUCUGCUACGUUGGAAGCGAAGUCGCUUUGGGUGGCUGGAUCGUGCAAUUCAUGCUCAAAGUUCGAGAUGGCACUGAAUUCGCUAGUGGUAUGGUGUCUGUCGGCUUCUGGCUCGGCAUCACUCUGGGUCGUAUCGUGCUUGGCUUCAUCACACCUCGCAUAGGUGAAAAGCUAGCAGUUUCGAUCUACCUUCCUAUUGCGAUGGGUCUGGAACUUCUCUUCUGGCUGGUACCGUCAUUCUAUGUCUCAGCAGUCGCAGUCAGUUUCCAAGGAUUCUUCUUGGGCCCAAUGUUCCCGGCCAUCAUUGUGGUGACGACGAAAUUGCUGCCAAAGCAUUUGCAUGUGCCUGCUGUUGGUUUUGCGGCAGCGUUUGGUGGCUCUGGAGGUGCUAUUUUCCCUUUUGCCAUCGGUGCAUUGGCGCAAGCGAAAGGCGUUCAGGUUUUGCAGCCGAUCAUUCUUUCCUUGUUCGCCGUGCAGCUGGUCUUGUGGCUGUGCCUUCCCAGAAUUGGUCGCAAGAAGGAUUAA